CCCGAAUCUCUGCUUUCUUCGGGUGCCUGAUAAUUACCUCACUGGUAUCAUUCCCCUUCAAAUAUGUGCACUCCCAAAGCUCAGGCACCUCGACUUGUCCGACAAUGACCUAACCGGUGAGUUACCUCUUUGUCUCGAAAACCUCACCAUGCUAGAAGUUCUUGACAUUCGUAAUAAUCAUAUCAAUAGUCAAAUCCCCCUCGAAUUGGGAAAUCUAAAGAGGCUAAUCCACCUGGAUCUCAGUUUUAACUUGCUCAGUGGCACGAUCCCUCCGACUCUUGGGAACUUGACAAACUUGGCAUAUCUGAGUAUGGAAGGAAACCAAUUCAGUGGAUCUAUCCCGUCAGAAGUAGGUAAUUUGAAGAGUCUCACUCAUCUAGAUUUGAGCUUUAACAAAUUCUUUGGAAAUAUUCCUCAUGAAUUUGAGAGUUUGGUCAUGUUAAGCUAUCUCGAUCUUCGGGCCAAUUAUCUUCAAGGUUCAAUUCCCAAUUUUAAAAAGCUUUUUAACUUAAGUCACAUCGACUUGUCAAACAAUGAUCUCACGGAAAAUGUUAGUUAUGUAGCUUUCCAAGGCAAUGAGGAAUCGGGAGGGGUUGAUGGUUCUAUGACUGAGGUUAUAAUGACGGUAACUAUACCACUGAUGGCAAUAGCAUUCGUUUUUGGUUUGAUUCUUCAUAGAACAAAGAGCAUAAAUUCAGAGACUGUAGAAAAAAAUGGAGGUAGAACAAAGAGCAAAAAAUCAGAGACUGUAGAAAAAAAUGGAGAUUUCUUGUCAAUAUGGAAUUAUGAUGGGAGAAUUGCAUAUGAAGACAUAAUCAAUGCAACUGAAGACUUUCACAUCAAAUAUUGCAUUGGGACUGGCGGUUACGGUAGUGUCUAUAGAGCACAAUUGCCUAAUGGGAAAAUCGUGGCAUUGAAGAAACUUCACCGUCUUGAAGCAGAGGACCCAUCUUUUGACAAGAGCUUCCGAAAUGAAGUGAAACACUUGACUGAAGUACGGCAUAGAAGCAUAAUUAAGCUCCAUGGUUUCUGCUUACACAGACGAUGCAUGUUCUUGGUUUAUGAAUAUAUGGAAAGGGGGAGUCUAUUUUGUGCUUUGAGAGAUGACGUUGAAGCGAUGGAGCUAGACUGGUCUAAAAGGCUCAAUAUUGUUUGGGAUGUGGCACAUGCCUUGUCUUACCUGCACCACGAUUGCGGUCGACCAAUUGUUCAUCGAGACAUAUCUAGCAACAAUAUUUUGCUCGAUAACAAAAUGCAGGCUUUCUUAUCAGAUUUCGGCACGGCAAGACUCCUAGAACCUAAUUUCUCAUCUAAUAUCACUGCAAAUAUCGCAGGCACUCAUGGAUAUAUAGCACCGGGUGAGCAACAAUCCUCCAUACUUUUCUAG